AUGGUUAAGCGGGACAUCGACGACCAAGUUCACCAGCACGCCAAAAAACUCAAGCGCGACAAAAAGGAUGAGAAUUUAGCCAUCGACCUGGAAUUGUUACAGCAGCAAUCCUCAUACCACCAGCAUAAGGAUGACUUGCGUGAUCUGCCCACAGAGGACCUGGCUGUGGCAGCGGCCGUGGCAGCGGUGAACGCCGACCCCCACCAUCACCUGGCUCAACAAAUGCAACAGCUACAAUUUUACCGUCAGCAACAGCACCAGCAACAACAACAACAUACGUUCGCUCCGACCACAUUACCGCUGAAGCCGUCUCACGGCCUGGACGAGUGGCACCGUCAAAGACGCGAAAAUCACAAAGAGGUCGAACGUCGUCGUCGGGAACUGAUAAAUCAAGGGAUUAAGGAAUUGGCAGCGUUGAUUCCAACCAACGAUACCAACAAAGCCCAAAUUUUACAACGGGCGGUGGAAUACAUCAAACGUUUGAAGGAAAACGAGAACAAUAACAUCGAAAAGUGGACUUUGGAAAAGUUGUUAACGGAACAGGCAAUGGCUGAAUUAAGUGCACUGAACGACAAGCUCAAGCUGGAGCUCGAGCGAGCCUACCGUGAAAUCGAGCAAUGGAAGCUGAUGGCGGCCAAGGACAAGAAUUAG